GCAUUUCACCGACUUUAAAUAGUUCAGAUGUCUUUGGGUUAGUCAAAAUGGGCUUUUAUUGUUCCAAAACUUAAGAAGUAGUGUUCUGUAGGCCUGCAUUUAUAAUAAAACGUCAGAGAACAAGAUGUUUUCCAUGUCUGGUCUUUCAAAAGCUCACCUCGUUCUGCCACUUUAGACAGACAGCCAGAUAUUUUUUUUUAAAAAAAAAAGCAUUGUCGUUUUGCACAGUCGGGAGUGAGUGGGCGGGCAGUGGAUUGGAAAUAAGGAAAAGGGCCAGGAAAGGCAUUCAGACAGCGAAAGACAAGUUCACAGUUUGAAUUCACGACUACAGAAAGUACAAAUCCUGCUGUAAACAUUCCUCUCAAUGGCGGAACGGAGAUGCACAGAGGUGGAGAGUGCCAUCGACACGCUGGUCACUGAGUUUCAUAAAGCAGCCAACAACAGAGCCACUGUGAGCAGCGCUGGACUCACAAACCUGGUCUCCAGCCAGCUUCCCAACCGAGUCAAGAACUCGGAGGACCCGGCGGUCAUGGCUGCCCUGAUGAAGCAGCUGAACAUCAAGGACAGCGAAGGGAUCACGUUCCAAGAGUUCUGGGGGCUGAUCAGACAGCUGGCCACUACAGAGCACGAGCAGAGCUACAAGCAGAAGAAACCUGUGGAGUGCACCUGCAGGCUGGCCUGAACCUUCAGCACCUGCACCCUGCAGCCUGCGCCCUGUAACCUAUCCACACACCUGCACCUUGUACCAGAUCCACACACCUGCACCCUGCAGCCUGCGCCCUGUCACCUGUCCACACACCUGCACCCUGUCCCAGAUACACACCUGCACCCUGCACCCUGCGCCCUGUCACCUAUCCACACACCUGCACCCUGCACCCUGCGCCCUGUCACCUAUCCACAAACCUGCACCCUGUACCAGAUACACACACCUGCACCCUGCACCCUGUCCCCUAUCCCAGAUACACACACCUGCACCCUGCAGCCCUCGCCCUGUCACCUAUCCACACACCUGCACCCUGUCCCAGAUACACACACCUGCACCCUGCAGCCUGUCCCCUAUCCCAGAUACACACACCUACACCCUGCAGCCUGCGCCCUGUCACCUAUCCACACACCUGCACCCUGCAGCCUGCGCCCUGUCACCUAUCCACACACCUGCACCCUGCAGCCUGCGCCCUGUCACCUAUCCACACACCUGCACCCUGCAGCCUGUGCCCUGUCCCCUAUCCACACACCUGCACCCUGCGCCCUGUCACCUAUCCACACACCUGAACCCUGUCCCAGAUACACACACCUGCACCCUGCGCCUUGUCCCCUAUCCACACACCUGCACCCUGUCCCAGAUACACACACCUGCACCCUGCAGCCUGCGACCUGUCCCCUAUCCACACACCUGCACCCUGUCCCAGAUACACACACCUGCACCCUGCAGACUGCGCCCUGCCCCAAUGACAAACCUUGACAAACCUUUCCACUAGAGGUCUUUCUCAGUUAUUAGUUUUAGUACUGCUUCAAUGUGAGGGGGACAUUUCCCUCCUGUGUAAAUUGCGCCUAUGCAUAUCACAGUAAUAUAUUAAUCCACAUACCCCACAUUUUGUAUUCCUAAAUCAUCUGGGGGAAUACACACAGUAAAAGCACAAGGUUUAUAUUUGAAGGGGGAAAGGGAAUUUUAGGGGGAAGGUCAGUAAAACUGAACCAGGUGUUGCACAGGCUCUCUGAUGCAGUUUGGGGUGUAUCCUGAACCACCACCCACGAUUUGCUUUCAUGCUUUAGGUAACUUUUGACUUUUUGUAAUUACUUUUUAAAAGUUUGUUUUGCAUAUUACUACAGGUACUGCAAUACAGUAUGCUAUUCUUUUUGACUGACAUAUAACUAAUAAUCAAAUCUUUCUGGUUUCAGAACAAUGAUUGCAGACCAGAGAAUGUCUGCCUUAACAAAUAUGGGCCCUCAUUGUUGAGAACGGGUUUCCCCAUUACAAUUCCAAGCAGAAUGUUUAGAAUGCAUACUCCAGUGUUGACUGGAAAUGAAGGCGAGUGUAGUUUUAAAAUCGCUUUCCUUAUAUUAGCUUCAGUGUUAUCACUGCCCCCCUUAUCAUUGUGUAGUUGAACUUUUCACUUCUCAUAUGUUUUUAUCAAAAGCCUGUGAAGCACCAUAUACUGUCCUCCAUGGCCAGGGGUGCAGGGAAAGCUUGAUUGAAGCUAAUUAAGGACUGGACAGGGUUUUUUAUUUUUAUUUGAUAAAACAAAUAUAAUAAGAAACAUGAUUUAUUAAGUUGUUGGAAACCUGUGGAAACUUAACCUACAAUAAAAUACACUGUGUUUUGUUUAUAA